UUGACAUUGUAAACCACAGACGAAUUGAAGUCUGGCAUUGAAAGGAGGUGUUCUGCAACUUUUUUUUUUUUGUCUAAAGAAGUUUGCUUCUACAAGAGUGAAUCUGAAAAAUGACAGGGGCAAAAAGGAAAAAGAAAAGCGUGCUCUGGAGCAAGAUGCAUACCCCUCAUUGUGAAGAUAUUAAGCAGUGGUGCAGAAGGCGGCUACCGAUUUUGGAAUGGGCACCACAUUACAAUCUGAAAGAAAAUUUGCUUCCAGAUACCGUGUCUGGGUUUAUGUUGGCUGUUCAACAGGUAACACAAGGGUUGUCCUUUGCUAUUCUGUCAUCUGUGCAUCCAGUGUUUGGCUUGUAUGGGUCUCUGUUUCCUGUCAUCAUUUAUGCCAUAUUUGGAAUGGGACGUCAUGUUGCCACAGGCACUUCUGCUUUGACAUCCCUAAUAUCAGCCAAGGCAGUGGAACGGCUUGUCCCUCUGAGCAGCCAGAACUUCACUACACAGAGUAACUUAAGUGUGCUGGGAUUGUCUGACUUUGAGCUGCAGAGAAUUGGUGUUGCUGCAGCUGUGUCUUUCUUGGGCGGUGUGAUUCAGGUGGCCAUGUUUGUGCUUCAGCUGGGCCAUGCCACAUUCCUGCUCACUGAGCCUGUGAUCAGCGCCAUGACAACCGGGGCUGCCACCCACGUUGUGACGUCACAAGUCAAGUAUCUCCUGGGAAUCAAAAUGCCAUAUAUAUCUGGACCACUUGGAUUCUUCUACGUGAGUCUUCCAUAUAUCUAUGUCUUUGAAAACAUCAGGUCUGUCCGAUUGGAAGCUUUGCUCUUAUCCUUGCUGAGUAUUGUGGUGCUUGUUCUGGUUAAAGAGCUAAAUGAACAAUUUAAAAGGAAAAUUAAAGUUGUUCUUCCUGUCGAUUUAGUUUUGAUUAUUGCUGCAUCAUUUGCUUGUUAUUGUACUAAUAUGGAAAACACAUAUGGAUUAGAAGUAGUUGGUCAUAUUCCAAAAGGAAUUCCUCCCCCUCGAGCCCCUCCUAUGAACGUCCUCUCUGCAGUCAUCACUGAAGCUUUUGGGGUGGCACUUGUAGGCUAUGUGGCCUCACUGGCUCUAGCUCAAGGAUCUGCCAAAAAAUUCAAAUAUUCGGUUGAUGACAACCAGGAAUUUUUGGCCCAUGGUCUCAGCAACGUGAUCCCUUCAUUUUUCUUCUGUAUACCAAAUGCUGCUGCCCUGGGAAGGACUGCAGGUCUCUACAGCACCGGAGCAAAGACUCAGGUGGCUUGUCUGAUAUCUUGCAUUUUUGUCCUGAUUGUCAUCUAUGCAAUAGGACCUUUGCUUUACUGGCUGCCCAUGUGUGUUCUUGCAAGUAUCAUUGUUGUGGGAUUGAAGGGGAUGUUAAUACAAUUUCGGGAUUUAAAAAAAUAUUGGAAUGUGGAUAAAAUUGACUGGGGCAUCUGGGUCAGUACUUAUGUGUUUACAAUAUGCUUUGCUGCCAACGUGGGGCUGCUGUUUGGAGUGAUGGGUACCAUUGCCAUUGUGAUCGGUCGCUUUCCAAGAUCAAAGACUCUCAUUAUAAGGGACAUGAAAGAAAUGGAAUUUAAAAUGAAGACAGAAACAGAUGAUGAAACACUGCAGAAGGUGAAAAUUAUCUCAAUAAACAACCCACUUGUUUUCCUGAAUGCAAAGAAGUUUCAUAUUGAUCUAAUGAACAUUAUCCAAAAGGAAAAUGCCAACAAUCAGCACCUUGAUGAUACAAGCAAGUGUGAACAAAACACCUUGCUCAAUUCUCUAUCCAAUGGCAACUGCAAUGAAGAAACUUCACAGCCCUGCCCGAAUGAGAAGUGUUCGCUCAUCCUGGAUUGCAGUGGGUUGACCUUUUUUGACUAUUCCGGGGUCUCCAUGCUUAUUGAGGUUUACAUGGACUGCAAGAACAGGAGUGUGGAUGUAUCAUUAGCUCAUUGCACAGCUUCCUUGAUAAAAGCAAUGAACUACUGUGGAAACCUAGACUUAGAGAAACCAAUAUUUUUUGAAUCGGUAUCUGCUGCAAUAAGUAACAUUCAUUCAAAUAAGAAUUUAAACAAACUCAGUGACCACAGUGAAGUCUGAGAGAGUCAUUUACUGCAGUACAUCUAUUGUUUUUGGCAACUACCCUGGGGCAGCCAUAUACAUACUCUAGCAUUUUGCACAAUUCUUUUAUUGCUGUUGUUUGGAUCCUAUAGGUGACUUCUAAUGCAAGAAAGAUGAUGUGGCCUAGUAACCACAUAGCCACUGGUCAAGAUUUACCGAUAAUCUUUUCUAAUUUUGCUAUAAUAAGCAAAAUCACUUAAUAGGUUGUUGUAGAAUUGUUUUAUAAAAAUUGGUGAGCAUUUAGUUUGAGUUAACUCAAAU